GAACCCGGAAGAAAUGCUAACCUUGACAGGCGAGCAAAACACAUGCUGGUUUACAAAAACAAAGAUUAAAUGUGAUGCUUCCUGACAGUUCCAUGGGAAAUAUCGACCAGGACCACUCUGUGAUCUCCCAGCAGUACUUCCGGCAGUAGCUGCGUUUCUCCGCUUGUAUUCUUUCUCUGCUAAAACUCACUCUUUUAUCUAGCUAAAUGAAAGGCUAGCACUUACCAACCCAGCGCCGCACUCUCUGCACUAGUUAAACUCCGUCUGGUGGACUCCAUGUUGGCUUCACCUGCUAUCCAGUGAUGGGGACUCCUGUGUUUGUCACCAGAAGCUGUAAGGCUGUUCACACACUGCAAAAAAGCCAAUUCUUCUCACCAGUCUCAGCUGUGUGGAGACAUCAGAGGAUCGGUGUGUUGAGAUACACCAGCACUCAUGUCUGCAAAGACGACAGGAGUUACUACAUAACCACUCCCAUCUUCUAUGUCAAUGCUGCUCCUCAUUUAGGACACCUGUAUUCAGCUGUGAUGGCUGACUGCUUACACAGGUAUAAGCUACUUAAGGGCUUCAACUCAAAGUUUGCAACAGGCACUGACGAACAUGGCUUGAAAAUCCAACAAGCUGCUGAAGCUGCAGGAAAAGAUCCCCUGAUCUUCUGCGCCGAUGUGUCUGAGAGGUUCAAGCAUCUCUUCAGCAGCUGCAACAUAUCGUACACAGACUACAUAAGAACCACGGAGCGGAGACACCACGAGGCCGUGAAGCAUUUCUGGUCAGUGCUCUGGAACAAAGGGUUAAUCUACAAGGGCAGUUAUGAAGGCUGGUACUCCACCCAGGAUGAAAGCUUCCUCACGCCGAAACAGGUGGGCGAUGCUUUGGACUCAACAGGAAAGGAGAUCAAGGUAUCGCUGGAGAGUGGCCACAAGGUGGAGUGGAUGAAAGAGGAGAACUACAUGUUCCGUCUGUCUGCGUUUCGGUCUCAGUUACUUGACUGGCUCAAAGGAAAUCCCCGGGCCAUACAGCCAGAGCGUUUCUACCGGGCUGUUCUCCAGUCGCUACAGGAGGACCUUCCUGACCUCUCAGUCUCCCGCCAGAGAAGCCGCCUUCAGUGGGGCAUCCCAGUCCCGGGUGACGCCGAACAAACCAUCUAUGUGUGGCUAGAUGCUCUGGUGAACUACCUCACAGUAGCUGGCUACCCAGAUAAACACAACCAAUGGUGGAACGUGGCCCACCACAUUAUCGGAAAGGAUAUCUUACAAUUUCAUGCCAUCUACUGGCCCUCUUUUCUUCUAGGGGCGGGACUGCCGCUGCCACAGACAAUACAUGUGCACUCGCACUGGACAGUAGGAGGAAAGAAGAUGUCUAAAAGUUUGGGUAAUGUAGUGGAUCCUCUUGAACGCUCACAGAUGUUCACAACUGACGGCAUGAGGUACUUUCUUCUGCGUCAGGGUGUCCCUGACUCAGACUGUGAUUACACAGAUAACAAAGUCAUCAAGGUGCUUAACGCAGACCUCGCUGACUCUCUGGGUGGUCUGCUUAAUCGCUGCACAGCUCCAGCUCUCAACCCAGCUCAGGUCUACUCCUCUUUCUGCCCUCAGUUCUUCUCAAGUGAACAGAGAGGCAGGGCUGUGGUUGAAGACUACCACAUGUUAGAGGAUGUGAAAAAUCUCCCCGCUGUGGUGGAGCAACACUAUGAGAGCAUGCAUGUGUACAAAGCUCUGGAGGCCAUCGGUGCCUGCGUGAGGCAGACCAACGGGUUUGUUCAUCGCCAUGCGCCUUGGAAGCUGGAUAACAGGGACAGUGAAGCCCAGCGCUGGCUCAACACCAUCAUCCAUGUCUCCCUCGAAUGCCUGAGGAUUUACGGCACACUGCUCCAGCCGAUAGUGCCAGAGAUUUCUAACAAGCUGCUGUCCAGACUCGGGGUGCGACCAGAUGAGAGGAGCUGGGCAGAUUUGAACUUCCUGCCAAGGUAUCAGGGAAUGGACUGUCCUUUCGAAGGGAGAGCGCUAGGAUCUCACUCUGGGGUGCUUUUUAGUCGCUUGGAAACUCAUAAUGUAGAUAAACAAAAACCUAAGAAAACAAAGAAAUUGAAAUGAGGAAUUGAUUUGCUGAUUCAGUCAAUAAAGAAAUAAAACUCCUGUGGCAGUUUUCACUUAGUCUUUUUCAGGAUUGUGAUUAGGGCUGCACGAUAUGGUAACAUAAUCAAAGUGUGAUUGGUUUGACAGCUAUUGUGAUAUGAUUCAUGAUCAUUUUUGUAUCACACUUUUAAUUUCACUUAAAGAACUAUUAAAAUCAUGAUGAUGGGAUGUGAUUUGUUGGGGUCUGUACCAAACAAUCAUGUUUUGUUACAUCUGGAAAACAAGAUUUGUAGGCCAGGCCACAGUACUUAUACAAUAUAAUGCUGUGUGUGUCUGCCAUUUGGAUAUUAUACUCAGCCAUACUGUGAUUUCGAUAAUAUUGCGAUUAAUUGUGCAGCCCUAAUUUUGAGGUGUACAAACGUCUUUCUCACUUUGUUAGUUUAGCUGUCAACUGUUAUGGCGCUAUAACCUAUUACCUUCAACAAUCUCAUUAGUGAGUUUGGUGACGUCAAGUAUUAAGUCUUUUUAACAGCCAACAUUUUGCCAGCUUUACCAGGUGAGCUACCAGUAUGCCUCAGGUUGUGUUUUUAUCUUUUCAAUAUCUAUUGAUGUUAUGAUAUAAAUUGUCCCAAGGGACGUAUUCUUUUCUACCCCAAUACUGCAGAAUGAAACUCUACGUUGAUGUUUGAACACCUUAAUUUCAAUUAGUUGUGGGAUCAAUGAAUCAACAUUCAAUCUCAAUCUUGUCUCAACAUAAUUAGAAGUUACUCAAAACACAAGUGAGUAUAAUUUAACAUUAGAAGACUGACAGAUGUUUUUGAAUGACAGCAGCCUUAUUUGAUAGAUCAAAUCCUUUGAU